AUGAUGACCCAGAAGAAAUUACACAUUCAUGGAAAUAUUGUGCUAAUGCUUCUCUUAUCUUUGAUACAAGAAUAUUUUGCUGUUGAUGGAAAAGAAUUACUCAGCAUGUGCAAUAGUGGGACUGUGGAGAGGCACAAGAAAGUCUCCUCUAGAGAAAAUGCUGAAGUAUUGACUGUCUAUCACAAUUCGCAAAUUUUGUAUUUUUACUAUUGCUUCACUGAAUAUAUUCUUCUUGCCUCAAUCAGUUUAAUUUCACUUAUCUGCAAUUAUGUUGUCAGAGCCAUUUUAAAGUUGUAUCAGCAUUCCCUGAGUUUGGCAUUUGGUGUGAAACAGAUCAACUCAAACCCAACAUUCUUGUCUAACGUUACCCUGGGAUUUUUCAUCUGUGAUAACUAUUUUGACGCCUGGCUGACUUACCGUUCCACUUUGGAGCUGCUCUUCCGAUCUGAUCAGUUGGUUAUCAACUACAGAUGUGAUAUCAAGGAGAAUCUCCUUGUGGCCAUUAUUGGGGGAUUUGGUGCUGAUAUUUCAUUCUUCAUGUCAAAUAUCAUAAGCCUUUAUAAAAUCCCACAGCUUGCCUAUGGCUCUUUUGCUCCAAAGAAGCAUGGGACAAAGAUGGAUGCGUCCUUCUACUGCAUGGCUCCCAAUGAAAGCCUUCAGAUUGUGGCAAUAAUCUUUUUGCUAAAACACUUUGGAUGGACAUGGAUUGGCCUUUUAAUUCUGGAUGAUGAGAGCGGAGAUAAUUUCCUCCAAGCCUUGGAUCCACUUCUUUCAGAGAACAGGAUCUGCUUUGCCUUUGUGGAGAGAAUGCCCAACCAAGCCUUUUUUCAUGUGUUUCAAAAUAAAAUUGUGGAUAGGAUAAAUAUUUAUUUGGUGGACAUCAAAAUCAAUACAUUUAUCUUCUAUGGGGAAAGCACUACAGCAAUGCUUUUGUUUAUGUUCCUUAAAUAUACAUAUUCUUUGAAAAUAUUGGGAAAAAUGUGGAUUCUCACAGCUCAAAUGGAUUUAACAUUAACAAGCCUUCAUCGCCCCUCAGACCUACAAUUGUUCAAUGGAGCAAUUUCUUUUGCUAUCCACUCCAAUGAACUGCCAGGGUUUGAUAAAUUCCUUCAGGCCAUCAAACCAUUCCAGACCCAACGAGAUAGUUUGUUCAAAGAAUUCUGGGAGCAAGGCUUUGAUUGCUCCUUUAUGGGGAAUAAUAAACCAAUGGACAGUGAUGAAGCAUGUACUGGGAGUGAAGAGCUAAAAAACCUUCCUGGGCAUUUAUUUGAAAUGAGUGGCCACAGCUACAGUAUCUACAAUGCAGUCUAUGCUGUGGCACAUGCUGUUCAUGGUGUGAACUUACUUAGGUCUAAAUACAAAAGAGUAGCAGAAAGUAGAAGGGAUGAACUUCAAGAUCAAGACACUUGGAAGCUUCACUGGUUUCUUCAAGGCCUUUCAUUUAAUAAUUCACUUGGAGAAUCUGUGUCCAUCAACCAUCAUGGAGAAGUGCUUUCUGGAUUUGAUAUUACAAAUGUGGUCAUGUUUCCAAACAACUCCUACCAUAAAGUGAAAAUUGGAAAGAUGGAUCCCAAAGCAAUUGAAGGAGAACAAUUUAUAAUUCAGGAACAUUUAAUUGUGUGGCAUAAAGAUUUUAAGCAGGUCUUGCCCCGUUCAGUGUGUAAUGAUCCCUGUCCUGCUGGCUAUCAGAAGAAAAAGAAAGAAGGGCAGAAAUUUUGCUGCUAUGAUUGUGAUCCAUGUUCUGAUGGGAAGAUGUCAAACAUGUCAGACAUGAUUGCCUGUUCUGAAUGCCAAGAAGAUCAAUAUCCAAGUAAGGACAAAGUUCGAUGCAUUGCCAAAAUCAUAACUUUUCUAACUUUUGAAGAACCUUUAGGGAUCAGUUUAGUGGUGGUUGCUGCUUUAUUCUUAAUCAUUACCACGUUCAUACUUGCAAUAUUCAUUAAGUAUAAAGACACUCCUAUGGUUAAAGCUAACAACAAGGACCUCACCUACACUCUCCUCAUUUCCCUUCUGCUUUGCUUCCUCUGCUCUUUUCUCUUCCUUGGAAAACCUCUCAAACUGAUUUGCUUCCUUCAACAAUCCGUGUUUGGCAUUAUCUUCUCUGUGGCCAUUUCUUCUGUACUGGCCAAAACCAUCAUGGUCAUUGUAGCAUUCAUGGCCACCAAACCAGGGUCUGGCAUGAGAAAAUGGUUGGGGAAAAGGUUGUCCAUCUUAAUUGUUUUUUCUGGCUCCUUCAUUCAAGCAAGCAUUUGUCUGGCAUGGAUGAUCACCUCUCCCCCCUUUCCAGAGCUUAAUAUGCAAUCAGUGGCCGAAGAGAUCAUAGCAGAAUGUAAUGAAAGGUCUGUUGUGAUGUUUUAUCUUGUCUUGAGCUAUAUGGGAUUUCUGUCAUUGGUCAGCUUCAUGGUGGCUUUUCUAGCUAGGAACCUGCCAGACACAUUCAAUGAAGCCAAGUUCAUCACUUUUAGCAUGCUGAUGUUUUGUAGUGUUUGGUUAACUUUUGUUCCCACCUAUUUGAGCACCAAAGGAAAGUAUAUGGUAGCUGUGGAGAUCUUCUCCAUUUUAGCUUCUAGUGCUGGGUUAUUGGGAUGUAUUUUCUUCCCCAAAUGCUACAUUAUUUUGUUGAAGCCUGAACUCAACAGUAAACAUCAACUUGUAAAGAAAAAGCAUUUCUGA